CAGGAAACUGUUCAAAGAGAUCAUGAAUCAAGUAAGAAGAAGGAUCAUUUCCCCACAGAUUUUUAUACAGCCUGACUUCUUUCAUUGCAACUAGAGGAGUCUCCCCCUGCUGGUCAUCAGCAAGAAUGCAGGUUUAAGGCACUAUAGCAUAUUAUCCAAGAUAGAAGCUACAUCUGUCUUUUAGAUUUCUGAUUAAUCUUCAACAGACUUUAAAAUUUAGUUUAAUUCUGCUUCCACAAAACAAUCUUAAAGGCUAUUUUCAGAGCCCUGAACCACUUGAACUCUCCGGAUUAGUCUUCAUCAAGAGAAGGAAGUUUGAUCAGCAUCAAGUGAUUACAGGUGGUCAUAAUUUCCAUGUUGAAAGACUAAAUGGCUUCAGGUAUCAUUCUGUCUGUGUGCUUUUUUAUUUUUAAUUGGGUUGCCCACAUUUUCUUCUUAACAAGAGUCUCAUUGUGAUUGGAAACUGAUUGAAAGGCAGCUUAAUUAUAGCAUGCACAGCUGAUCUGCUGGUAGUGGUCAUAAAUUCAGAGAUGUGGAGGUUAUAUCUCUCACUGUGUGCUGAGGGGGAGGAACCACAUAAAUGAAGGUGGCCUCUCCUGCAGCCACAGCGCCCCCUGGUGUUCCUUAGAGGAAGUGAGUUUUACAAAAACCGCUGAUAGAAGCUCUCUCUCUGCCAGUGAGUCAGCGCCUCUGCAGAGCUGCAGGUCAAUCAUCUCUGGUGAUAAUGAAUGAAUGUUUUAAAAUCUCCUUUAAAAGGUCCUGCAACGAAUAAAAGGUUUUAAAGGUUUUUUCUGUUUGCAUCUGGAAAAUUUUACUGCUUUUCUGCAUGAACCAUGGAUCAGUUUCGUGGAUUAUUUAGUAAACUGGACCAAAAUGAGGAUGGAUUCGUUUCUGUGGCGGAGCUACAAGACGAAAUGAGGAAGCAUGGUAUUAUCUCAGCGGAUGGGAAGGUCCAGAGUAUCGUCGAGUCUUAUGACAGAGACAAAGAUGGCCUGCUGGAUUAUCAAGAGUUCCUCAGCUACAUGAUGGACAGAGAGAGGAAGUGGAAAAUUCACUUUCAUGACCUUGAUAAGAAUAAUUGUGGAUUCAUUGACCAGGAGGACAUCAUAUGUUUGUUUAAGGAGUUAGGAGUGGUCAUUUCAAAGCCGAAUGCAAAAAAAAUUAUACAAAUGAUGGAUAAGGACAACUCGAUGACGGUGGAUUGGGAUGAAUUCUUGCACCACAUCAUCCUCAACCCUGUGGAUAACAUCGGGGAGCUAGUGUCCUCAUGGAAACACAGUUUGGUGUUUGAUGUCGGGGAGAGCCGCGGGAUCCCCAUUGAGUUCCCUGAAGAAGCGUCAGGCUUCAGUGCUUGGAGGACAUUUGUUAUGUCAGCAGGACUGGCGGAUGCUGUGUCCCGGACCAUGACGGCACCCAUAGACCGCCUUAAAACACAACUUCAGGUGUAUGGAUCCAAGGCCUUCUCCCAGGGUUUUCAGGAGAUGAGAGGAGGUGGUUUGCGGUCAAUGUGGCAAGGCAAUGCUGUCAACGUGCUGAAAGGAACGCCACAGUCGACACUUCAGUGUCUUAUCUACGCCCAGAUGAAGGUCUACACCCAAAACAGGACCCAGCAGACUCUGACAGUGCAGCAGCGUUUCGGGUUGGGCUGCAUCUCUGGAGCUGUGGCUCACGCUGUCUUCUACCCCUUAGAGGUGCUGAAGGUGAGGCUGAACCUGCAGCAGGCUGGCACUUACCAUGGUGUUGCAGUGUGUGCCCGAUCCAUUUAUAGAAGCGAGUCUUUGUCUUCCUUUUACAGAGGAUUCAAGCCCAGCAUCCUCUGUAUGAUCCCCUAUGCAGGUGUGGAGUGUGCUGUUCAUCAGUCAAUCAUGAGCUGGGCAAAAAGCGAUCCCGCCUACAACAGUGACUCCAAACUGUUUUUCUUCAGCUUUGUGGCGUUCGCUUCUGGACAAAUCACCAGUUACCCGCUGGCGGUGAUCCGAACUCAGCAGCAAGCGCAGGCUUUCAGAUCAGAUUCACGGCCAGCCUCGGGUGUAUUACCGGGACUGAUUGGGAUAUAUGAAAGAUAUGGAAUUAAAGGAUAUUAUAAUGGCAUGGGAGCCAGCUUCGUCAGGGCGAUACCGUGUGCCUUAAUGAACUACACUCUGACUAGAAAAUUUGAAAAUGUUUUUUCCUCCUUGGAGUCUUGAGGAAAUUAGAAAAAAAGCAAAAGCUGUGAGUUUUAUUUUUGUUAAUUAUCCAAACACAUGUCUGAAAAAAAUGCCUGAGAUGUGAAAUGAGGUCAAUCACGAAGUUAUGGUUAACUCUGCAGGAUUUGCUUUGUUAUAUUUUCUGUUGACCACGAGCAUGGAACCAUAAUCUGACUGACUUUAAAUAUGUAAUAACCAAGAGUAACAGCUGGCUACUCGACAUGCUCUUUUAAAAUAAGAAAAUAUGUUGUUGUGUUGACUGUAUAAUAAAAUGAUACUUCAUAGCA